GGAGCCUGACUCCAGGGCAAUGUGGCCUGUGAACACUUGGGCUAAUAAUGUGCGUCAUAUAUCCUUGAGCCACAACUUCACGCUUGUGGCGUCGGUGACCAUCGAAGAGGCUCCGAGUGAGGACGCUCCUCUACUGGGUGCGGCGUUGGGGGAAACUAAUUCCCCGCUUACCAUGGGAAUCUUGUAUACCGCGGAUAAAGAAUGGGCAACUAUAUUCAAAAGCAAGAAGACAACAAAAAGUGGCACUUGGGAGCCGAAGAAAGAAUACCAAGUGGCACUCAUGCUGCAAGGUAACAAGAUCUCCGUGUACGUUGAUGGCAAGUCGCUGGGGGAGGAAGAAUUGCCGUUAACAGGUGAGAGGCCACUUGAGUAUUUAAGAUUUUGCUUUGGCGCGUGCGGUAUAAAAAACUCUCCUGUGACGGUGGCGAACGUCUUUCUGUACAACCGCCCACUGAAUUCCACUGAGAUGAAUGCAAUCAAGGAAAGGAAACCCAAAGAAGAAAAAGGAAGCGGUGACGGUGAAGAUAAAAAAGGAAGCGGUGACGGUGAAGAUAAAAAAAGAAGCGGUGACGGCUCCAUGCGUGAAGGUAUGUCUCGGGUGCUGCUGCUUCUGCUGGGGAUGUGGGGCAUUGCGGCCAUUUAA